AUGGAAGUUUCGAAUGGAGCUGCGCAGGCCGCAGCCACAGCGUCCGUAUCUGCGCCCAUCAACGGUAAUGGGGAAGGUGCAGCGCCAUCAAACCCGGACGACUUCAAGCUGAAGUUCUGCACUGUCUGCGCAAGCAACCAGAACAGAUCAAUGGUCUCCCAUCUCCGCCUCGCAAACGCAAACUACCCUGUAAUCUCCUUUGGCACGGGUUCCCUCGUCCGCCUCCCGGGCCCGUCCAUAACACAGCCAAACGUUUAUCACUUCAACAAGACCUCGUAUGACAGCAUAUUCAAGGAGCUUGAAUCGAAGGAUCCGCGCCUCUACCGCCUCAAUGGCGUCCUCAACAUGGUUGACCGGAACCGCCAUGUCAAAUGGGGUCCCGAGCGCUGGCAGGACUGGCAGAUUGGCAUGCCGCGCCUGCAACACUCUGAUGACCGCGGCAGCGUGGGAACCGAAGGCGGGAUCGUGGACGUGGUUAUCACGUGCGAGGAACGCUGUUGGGACGCCGUGAUUGACGACCUUAUGAACAGAGGGUCCCCCUUGAACCGGCCAGUCCACGUCAUCAAUGUCGACAUCAAGGAUAACCACGAGGAGGCCAGCGUCGGCGGCAAGGCGAUUCUGGAUCUGGCCGACCACCUUAACGAGGCCGCUAGAAAAGAGCGUGAGGCAGUCGGCGCGGAGACCUUCGACUCUGGCAGCGCAUCGGCUCGCGCAAGCUUCGACGAGAAGGUACCGGAGAUCCUCGCUGAGUGGCAGGACCGAUGGCCGCAUCUGCCUGCUAUCUGGACCCUGGCAUGGUUCUAA